AUGCUCGUCUACGGGGGCAUCGACUUUCUCGUCUAUACGGUGCUGGACGACCUUUGGGCUUACGACGCCAUCGCCCAGAGCUGGACGCAGCUGUCGCCAGGUGGAACGGCUCCUACAGGGCGCUACAGCCAUGCAGCGGCGUGGUCAGAGGCGCAGCAGAAGAUGUUCAUCAGUGGUGGUGUAGCCUUGAAUGGUUUCACUGCGACGUUGCUGGGCGACCUGUUCUGCUACGAUGCUUCCACGAACACCUGGUCUGAGCUGACCGCGCUGACCGCUCCGACGCUCGAUCCCCCGAGCCUCUGGGGCCACUCCAUGGUCUGGCUGCCCCGGUCCGAGAGCCUGCUCGUCUACGGAGGCAAGCCAGGCGUGGGCAGCGACGACGUGGCGACGAGCACCCUGUACGGCUUCACUCUCGCGAGCCACGUCUGGGAGGAGAUCUCGUACACGGGCACGAUCGCGGCCUCGGACGAGCAUGCCGCUGUCUGGUACGAGGGCGCGUACGAGACCACAGGUGACUGGGCGUGGGACGGCCACGAAGCCAUGCUCCUGUUCGGCGGCUACGACACGUCGGGGAGUCUUCUGGGUGACCUGACGACCAUGUGGUUCAAGCCAGCCACGACCACGAGUGCUACUUCGACGACAUCGAUUACCACGGCAACCACGCAGACCGCGACAGUCAUCCGAGAGCGCGACCGUGCCCUCGUGCUUCCACGGGCCGAACUGCUUCGACCCCCACUUCGAGGUGCUCGAGGCCUCGGCGCUGCCUGGAGCGCGCUGGGAGCCGAGGGCCGCGCUCCACGUCGGCUUGGUCAACUGGUACAUCUUCGGAGGUAG